AUCAGUGCGAAUGAAACCAUCGACUAGAGUGUUGAUAUAUAAUUGAAAAAUCAAAUCGACCUUGUAUUUCAAGUAUAUGUUUUAAGCCUGGAAAGAGGUAACAGCAGAAACUUUACGGUAUUCUUUUCGUCAUGCUCGACUUCAAAGUAGUUUUGCCAAUGCUGAAGAAGAAAUAGAACAAUUUGUAAAAGAUUGAGAAAGAAGAUGAUAUAUCACUGAGUAAGUGAAUUAUUCAGUUCAAUACUCACCAUUAUUUUACUCGUGAGGAUCUAGAAAACUAUGUAGAAAUAUACGAGAACCUGGUUGCUACAAUAUCGUUAACCGAUGAAGAAAUCCUAAAUGCAGUGACCAAAGGCAAUGAAAUAAAUUUUUCAAAAUGCGUAUCAUUGUAAUUGCGUGUGUCUUAUUUGUUUGUGGAAUUGUUGAUGCAAAUCUUAAUGAACAAUUGGGUUCAAAUGUACUUCCGUCUUCAAAUCAGCAGGUAGAUGAUUUGUCUAAACCUGCCGUACCCAAACCUUUUGGUACUAAUCAAAAUUUGAACUACAAGCAAAAGAUGAUCGAUCUCGCUUUACAAGGCAAAUUUAUGGUCGGAUUACCCAUGUUUAAAGAAAUAUUUUCAUCUACGAAAGAUCAGAACAUGGAUACAAAAUACCCAAAAACCAACUUAUUGUCAGAAAAUAUAUCGACGGAAUUUAAUGAUGUCGGUGAUAAAUUAUUAGAAUAUGUAGCAUCCAAAUAUAUUAAAAAAUAUUCAAAAGUACCAACAACAGAAUUCACAGAAUCACAGACCGAAAGAGUAACCUUGAAUCCAGAAACAUUAUUAUUGGAAGAUUUUAUCAGCCACUCAAAAUACCCAAGCACUUUCGUAACCCUAAUUUUUAAUAAAUAUAAAAACCUAUUAACAACAAAAUCCACAGAAACACAGACCGAAAAAGUAAGCAUGAUUCCAGAAACAUUUUCUCUGGAAGAUGUGGACAUCGACUUGAAACACCCAAACACUAUCUUCUUCGAAAAUUUGUCGACGGAAUUUAAUAAUAAUGUUGAUAAUUCAGUAGACUAUGUAGUAUCCCAGUAUAUUAAAAAAUAUUUAAACGCACGGACAACAGAAUCCAUAGAAUCAGAAGCUUUAAAAGUGGAUAAUAACGAACCAUAUAAAUUACCAGUUGAUUCCCAAUUAGAUAACAUGAAUUAUGUGUUAGAACCAUCAAAAUCAACCGAGACCACAGUUAAUAAUGAUUUAGCUUUUAUAGAGAUAGUAGAUAACGAUACUUUUGAUCCAGAAACAUUGUUAUUGGAAGAUGAGAACAUCGACUCGGAAUACCCAAACACUGUCAUAUCCGAAAAUAUAUCGACGAAAUUUAAUAAUAAUGUUGAUAAAUUAGUAGAAUAUAUAGCAUUCCAAUAUAUUAAAAAAUAUUUAAACGCACGGACAAAAGAAUCCAUAGAACCAGAGGCUAUAAAAGUGAAUAAUAAUGAACCAAAUUCUGAAUUUGCACCAUACAAAUUACCAGUUGAUCCACGAAAAUCCACGAAGGUGGUAGGAGAUCGAAUUGAAGUCGAAACAUCAGUGGCAAAUGACAAUCAAGUAAAGUUUAAAUCGAUACCCAAAACAUUAAUAGAUAUAAUAUAUAUUUUUGAUUAAGUUCCACUAAGACAAUGAGCAAAAAGGGAUAAAACGGUGGACGGCAACAGAUCAAAUAAACGAAGAAUUACUGUUGAUAUAUUCACCUUCCGCAAAAGAAACAAAGACAACAAUUCGUUCAUCCUGGAUAUUAUAUUAACUAUUCAAAUAAGCUACAUUGUUUUAUCAAUAAACGAUACUUAAUGUAAUUAAUUCAAACUUAUUAUACAACAAAAACAUAAUUUAAUAAAAUAACAAUCUUAUUCAAU